CUUCAGUUUUCGGGGAAUAUCUUAUCUGAGUUCUUAGAAAUGGGGAAACUAAACUCUAAAUUUAUCUCGAUGAUUCUUUUCGCUCUCGUGGUAAUCGUCUCUUCUGAAGUUAUAUUCGAGGAGCGAUUCGAUGACGGAUGGGAGAAGAGAUGGGUAAAAUCCGACUGGAAGAAAGAUAACAACACUGCUGGGGAGUGGAAACACACAGCUGGAAAUUGGUCUGGUGACGCUAACGAUAAAGGUAUCCAAACAAGCGAAGACUAUCGAUUCUACGCUAUAUCAGCUGAAUUCCCCGAGUUUAGCAACAAGGACAAGACCCUAGUGUUCCAAUUCUCUGUCAAGCAUGAGCAGAAGCUUGACUGUGGUGGUGGCUACAUGAAGUUGCUUAGUGGUGAUGUUGACCAGAAAAAUUUCGGAGGAGACACUCCUUACAGUAUUAUGUUUGGCCCUGAUAAAUGUGGUGACAACACUAAGCAAGUACAUGCUAUUCUUACCUACAAUGGAAAACACCACUUGAUCAAGAAGGAGGUCCCAUGUGAGACUGACCAGCUUACUCAUGUGUACACAUUCGUUCUCCGUCCAGAUGCUACUUACAGUAUUUUGAUUGACAAUGUUGAGAAGCAAACUGGUAGCCUCUCCUCUGACUGGGAUCUCCUCCCAGAAAAGAAGAUUAAAGAUCCAAGUGCCAAGAAGCCUGAGGACUGGGAUGACAAAAAGUACAUUCCUGAUACGAAAGACACUAAGCCAGCGGGAUACGAUGACAUCCCUAAGGAGAUUCCAGACACUGAUGCAAAGAAGCCUGAAGAUUGGGAUGAUGAAAAAUCUGGUGAGUGGACUACCCCAACCAUUCCUAACCCGGAGUACAAGGGUGUAUGGAAGCCCAAGAAAAUCAAGAACCCUAAUUACAAGGGCAAGUGGAAGGCUCCAAUGAUCGACAACCCUGAUUUCAAGGAUGACCCAGAACUAUAUGUCUUCCCUAAAUUGAAAUAUGUUGGAGUGGAGUUGUGGCAGGUGAAAUCUGGAUCUUUGUUUGACAAUGUCUUGGUAAGCGAUGAUCCAGAGUACGCUAAGAAGUUAGCCGAAGAAACAUGGGGAAAGCACAAGGAUGCGGAGGAAGCAGCAUUUGAAGAAGCAGAGAAGAAAAGACAGGAAGAGGAAUCAAAGGAACUUCUCGCUGAAGUUGAAUCUGACGAUGAGGAAGAAGCUGAAAAUGAUGACAAUGAAGGCGAUGACUCGGACAACAAAUCGAAAUUUGAGGAAACUAAGGAGUUCGAUGCCGCUCAUGACGAGCUCUAAGCGAGGAAGGUGAAUAUUUGAAAACAUUUUAGAGUCUGAUUUGUUUGUCACUUUCUUAAAGAAAUGUUUUAUCUCUAGUUUGGUUGGGAUGUACAACUUUCUUCUAUUAUUGUGAAAGGGCUGUGGCAGCUUUGUUUUAAACUUUGAUAAAAUUCUGAUUUUCCG